UCAAUCAGUCCUUGACAUUCACAAUCAGACCUCGCUGAUCAGUCCUCAGUCGUCUGCCAGACGCGGUGGUGUGCGGUCGCCACCAUGAACGUUACCGUGCUCACAGUGAAAGUUUCUUAGAGAAAUGCGUUUCGCGAUCGCCUUUCUGUUUGUGGCGUCAUGUCGGUGCGCACUCAGCCUGGACUACGCGUCGGCGUGCGCGCGGCCGCACCGCUCGACGCGCGCGCACGUGCGCGACGCGCCCUGCGACCUCAGCAAGCAGAGCUUCUGCACCACGCCGGGCUCCAGCUACCCGUGGCAUGCGAUACGCCGCUUUGUUAGAGAGAAUCAGGGUCUUAUGAGAAGAAUGUAUGGUGAGGAGCGACACAUAGCAGUUUUAAAAGCAGAAAUAGAAAACUUUAUAGAUGAUGAUGAGGAUGACAAGUCAAAGGGUUUCGCUGAAGAUAUCAUAAAAACAAAAAUAAAGUAUACCAAGAAAGCGCAUCGCGGUAUAAAGGACAAACCUCAUUUCCGACCGAUACAAGCAGAUAAACAGAAAAAAGACAACGACACGUUAAGAGUUAAACCUUUAGAAAGACCUUUAAAUACACCUAAAAAUAGCUCCAGUAAGAAUACGGAAACAAAUUAUGAAAAUAAUGAAACCCUGGACGAAAAAGGAAUAUCAUAUAAAACAAAACUUGAAAGUAUAGCGAAUAUAGAAAUAAAUAAUUUAGAACCAGAUGUAAUUACAUUAGAGGCUAUAAUCAAACAAAGCAUAGAAACAAAUAGUAUAUAUCCGAAUGUAGGCAAUAUUCCUAAGAGCGAUGGAAAUGCAGAUAACAAAAAUAAUUCAGACGCUUUAUCUACGAGCACUGAAAACGGGAACGCAACAGAGACAACAGAGGAACAAUACGAUGAAACAACAACAGAGUCUAAAGAUGCUUGGAAAACAGUGGACGCGUCAACACUGCCACCGACUUUACUGUUUUCAGAACACGAGAAAGUAAAAAUAGAUCGUAUCGAUACAAAAGUGAAUGAGAAAAAAGAGGAAUUCCACCCAAAGCCACAGCAAGAAACAAUCCGUCCGGCUGUUAUAAAGCUACGAGGAGCAAACGCUUGCGAAUCGAAAGAAGAGAUGGCUGCCCCGUUUUGGGCGAAUAGCACACGUGGCGAAGUCCUGGCGCUCCUCAACAUGUACCCCUUCGAGCAGUACAUACACUUGGAGACGUGUGUUCAUGAACACAAACAGAUGUACUGUAGGGAGGGAUGCAGAUGUGAACAACAAUAUCGCAUCCAUCGUUUGCUCGCCUAUGAUCCCAGGAACGAAUGCCGUGGAAUCUUCGCUGAUUGGUUCAAAUUUCCCGCCUGUUGCGUUUGUAAAUGUUAUGACGUGCCACUCGAGUUCCGAGCACGGUCUCCAAGGAUAUUACAUCCACAGUACGACGAAGACGUAAAAAGAAUUAUUUACGAAGAUGUUGCCCGUGACUGGUACUCCUUAUCGUAUGAAGACGAUGAUGAAGAUGAUUUAUAUUAAAUAUAAAAAAUGUUAGUUAAAUUAACUUCAAUUGCCAUAUUAUUUAACUGUCAUUUUCAAGUAUAAAAAUAAACAGGCAGCAUUUAAAAAAAAUAACAUCGUGCACUUUUCAAAUUGCUUUGUUACUAUUGCUAUGAAAUUAAUUAAUAACAAUUAACAAUUGUAAGUUAUGUACAUAAUUCGAUUAGGUAUUAAUCUUGUUGAUUACAUUUAUAGUAACUUGAUUAAUUAUUGAGGUUCUGUACACAUUAAAAAGAUUUGUUUUAGUAGGUAUAUUUAUAACUUAUAUACUAUCUAAUUCAUUUGCCUACACAAAACUUUUAAUGUAAAUUAUUCAUUUGUAUGUUUAAGGCUAGUGAAGAUGUAUGUUGUAAAGUGAAAUUGUAAAUACAGUAGCGUAAAAUAUGAAAUAUAAUAUAUAUCUUUCAAAAUAUUGUGUCUUAUU